AUGGCCUCCAAUCAGUGCCCAGGCAGCCAGUUCCUCACCUCCUUCGCCACGCUGGGCCGCCCCUCUGGCUCUCCGCAAGGAAAAGUCACCCCUGGGAAUGAGCAAAGGAGUGGAAUGAACCCUAAACUGCAGAAGAAACAGCAUGAAAGCAUCGUGCAUGCAAUAUGUGCUCUGCUGAAUUCCAGAGGGGGAGUGGUCAAGGCUGAGACUGAGAACAAAGACUAUAAUUAUGAUAGUCAUGGAGUAGGAUUGUAUCUGCCUUCAACUUUCAAAGGCUAUUUAGAUGAGAUGCAGCAGGGAUAUCUCUUUUUGAUCUUUGUGAAAUCAUGGAUGCCAAAGGCCUCUGGUAUAUGAUUUGCUUACCUGUGCUCCUCUUUGUGCCACAGACAUAGAACAUGUACUAAUGUCAUGAAUCCUCAGGAAGCACUGGCAUUCCCCAAAGGCAGGAUUCAGACUCUUACAAAUAUUAAUGAUUCCAAUUCAUUAAGUCCACAGAAAUUUCAGGUUCGUGUACAAAAUGAAGGUAACAUAAAGGCUUCAGCUUCUGCUUUAUUUGAUAGCACUCACCACCUUCAGUACCAGGAAAAGUUCAACUUUACUAAGUCCACACGCGUUGAAUUUAAGAUGUUCUCAACAGAGAUGACACAAUGUUUACCCAAGUGUGUUUCUGCAUUUGCAAACACUGAGGUAGGGUAAGUAUUUUUUGGCCUGCAUGAUGAGACCCAUCAAGUCACUGGAUGUGAAAAAGAGAAAACAGAUCUUGCCACCUUGAGGGCUUCUACUGAUCGCUAUAUUAGGAAGUUACCAGUCCAUCAUUUCUGUACACAGAGGUGUGAGAUAAAAUAUGCCACAAAAUUCGUUGCAGUACACAAGCAGGGGGCCCUCCAUGGAUAUGUCUGUGCAGUCAGCAUGGAACGAUUCUGCUGUGCAGUGUUUGCCAAAGUGCAUAAUUCCUGGUGGGUGAAGGACAAUCGUGUGAGAGAGCUGGCCACAAGGAAUGGGAAUAGAAUCAUCAAUGAUUUUAAUGUUUGCUGAGAUGGGAGGAGGUGAGGAAGGAGGAAAGGGAGAUAUUAUUUUAGAAUCUGGGAAAAGAGAGGUACCCUCAGAGUUGCAGAUGCCUGACAUUAAUUCCUAUAGAUACAGUUGGUGGGUCAUUGCCCCUCUUUCCCUCUGCCCAUCUUGAAUAUCCUGCAUUCAACAAAUAGAUGCUCUGGCCUAGUAGACCCACUAGAGGUUGGUGCAGAAGGCUGUUUGACCUAGCAAUUUCUGUUUCCACAUCCUUUCUUGUGUUCAUAUUCAAGUCUCUUCUUUCCCUUUCUAAUUAUGAACUCACAUUUACUUAUACAGGAAAUUCCUUUUUCACAUGUACCUAUGUGUCUUCUUUAAUUUACUGUCACUUUUCCUUGCCUCUGCAUUCUUGUAAUGGUUCCCUCAUCAAAUAUUCUCCCUUCCUCAUAGCCUCACUUCCAAUUUUGAACAAAAACACAAUCAAACCUCUCUUCUCUCUUUUCCUUUCAAAAGCCAACAUGUGAUGCUAACCAUGACUGAUAGGCUGAAGAGUAGUGUUGGUGAUAUGCAUGCACCUUGGAAAAGGAAAGCCUGAGAUAAUAUCAGACAAAAGAAAAUCAAUCGUAACUUCAAGAAGAGUCCAGAAAAACAAAGUCCAUUUCAGGAUCUUCUCAGAAAUCUAUAUUCAUUGACCUUCACAUCUUCUAGUCAUAUUUUUUUUAAAAAUAUAAGCACUAUAUAUAUAGUGCUUAUAUUUAUAAUAUAUAUAUACAUAUCCAUAUAUAUAUAUUUAGAGAUAUGCUCAGGAGUGCUCAUAGACUCACUAUCUGCAAUGGCCCCAAACAGGAAAACAACCAAAUUAUUUAUUGACACAACAAUGGAUAAAUGUAUUAUAGUAUAUUUGCAUAAUGGAGUAUUAUUCAGCAGUGAAAACGAAAUAGGGAUAGAGUAGGAUAAUUAAAUAGUUUAGAAAUCCCACCAGAGGAUUAAAGACAAAGAGGGAAUUUUAAGGGAGUUUGGGAGACUGCUGUAAGCUAAUGAGCACUCAAGAAAAGAAUCCAGUAACUUAGCAACAAUCUACACUACCUUGAAGGAAGACCAGGUGCAUCCAAGCACCAGGCACACUCAAGCUACAAGUUCUUACAGUUAAAACACAAGACAAUAGACAUGGGGUUUGAAUCUUGUUACAUGAAGUCACGGAGUUAAUGAUCCUUGACGAGUAGCAUUUCUGCAUGUAGCCAAGAGAGGAAUAGGUGAAAGGAGAAAGAAACUAGGUGAAGGGGGACAUUAUACUGAAACCUGAAUGAAUUACCACAUUUUAGUAUAUGUUACCACACUUUUGCUAAUAUACAUACGAUUUGAAUAGCGCCAUGACAGUCCCGGUUAGAUCAUAUAGGGUUCAAGGAGGAUCUAAUGAUGUAAGCCUGUAACAGGGGCGGGGCAGGCAUGAAGUUGCUAGUGUGUGACCCUUAGCAUGGUGGUUAGAGGUCCCACACAUGUAACAGUCAGUCACACAGGUCCUGGAGGCAGAGUAUGGUAAGAGGCAGAUCGUGGCCUUCUCCCAGGGCCCUCCAGGCCCUCCAGCCUCAGGACUGGCAGGUGAGCUGGGGGUCCUGGGGACAGGCUGAGGGCUGUGUCCUGCAGAGCUCCAGAGCCCUCUCCAUGGCCACCCACUGGUCGAGCCUGGGCACUGGUGGAAAGACCCAGACCAAGUGCUGGACGAACGUUCCCAUGCAGGGUAACUGGCCCGCCCAGGGACUCCCUCUUAGCCAGGGCCUGGGCCUCAGAGGGUGAAAGCUGAGCCUUAGGACCUUGCCCUUUCUUGUCAGAACAGAGAAUAACAUUUGUUUUGGUGGAGGUUUACAGGAACAUUGUGACCUGCCCGUGACCUGACCUCAAGAA